GGGCGGGGCUUAGUGUGUUUUCCAACCGUGUCCUUCACAGAACUGCUAACUAAGAUGGCGGGUUCUGAAGGAAAGGAGGCUGUUGCUGAGGUUACGGGUUUUGGGCUGGAGGUACCUUCCUCCGGGACUGUUGUAUACCCACAGAUAAACAAAAAAUUGCCUGCGCUGGCAGCUGAGUUGGGCUGCAGAGAGUUGAACCAGCCUCUGGGGGCUGUGACAGGAAAAGAGCCUCGGAAGUCGAUGGAUGAAGCGCCUCGGCCGCCCCUUGGGAAGCAGGAGAGGAGGGCAGUCGCCGAGAUAUCUGCAGACCAGCGUAUCGGCGAGGUUGCCGUACUGUCGCAAGGGAACGGGGCCUCUUCGCCGCCAGCCCAGGACAACGGCCUCCUAGUGUCUGAUGCCGAGAUCCCGGUUCGGGGUUUCAGUUCGGCGACUUCUGCCUCGGUUUCGGGGCCUGUGGCGGUGUCUGGUAUCCUGUACACCGCGGCGCAGCAGCUGCAGAAUGUUGCCCAGCGGGUCGCUCUCCAGCAGGGCAAAUCUGCGGCGGUUGUUGCCCCCAACAGGCUUCCUCCGCCCAAGCAGUUGGAAACCAUCUGUAUCCAAGUACAGCCUGAGCAAACAGAAGCAAAAGAAAGGUUACAACUAUCUCUUGCAGCAGUUGAAUCCAAUAAUGUAACUGUGAAUCAGCCACUUGAGAAGAAUUCCAGGAUUUUAGGACUCAACCUUAUUAAUCCACAAGUUAUUCAGAUACAGUCUGUUACAGGAACUGGGCCAGAUCAAUUUUUGUUAUAUAAUUCUUCUGAACCUGCACUUCAGCUGCUUCUGCAGAGACCUUUACAUUCUCUUGGACAGGUAUCUGUAGGCAAGAUAACACAGGGACUAUUCAAUAGACAGAAAAACAAAUCUGUUACAGUAGCUGCAAAAGACUCUCGAAAUAACUCCGCUUGUUCAGUAAACUCACUUAUAAACCAUGAGAAGAAAAACAAACAUCAUAGAGUUAAAAAAUCUCUAAAAGUGAAAACACGUUCUGGGCGGAUUUCACGGCCUCCCAAAUAUAAAGCUAAGGAUUACAAAUUCAUUAAAACUGAAGACUUGGCUGAUUGUCACCAGUCUGGUUCUGAUGACUAUUCUGAGCUGAGUGUGGAAGAUGAUGGUGACAAGGAGAAGGAAGUGUGCUCAUUAUUUGGUCCCCUGAAUUAUGACCUGAAGCCAAAAUUGUUUAAAUGCCAAAGUUGUAAAAAAUCCUACAUAGGAAAAGGAGGAUUAGCACGGCAUUAUAAACUUAACCCAGAUCAUGGGAAGGAAGAAUCUCCACAAUCUUCCUCCAUAAAUUGGCCUCAUAGGGUGGCAUUGCUGGAGUGUAAAGGGAAGGCAAGUGGUAAAAGUGCACAUCAGACAGUUUCACCACCACCAGUUACUGUCACUUUAAUAAAUGAAAGCGGACUAGCUGUAGACUUGGAAAAAAAUCUUCUGACAAAGAGUAGGCAACAGCCUUAUACAUCUGCAGAAGAUGGAAAGAUAGCAGAACAUCAAAACACCCAUUUAAUGCAUUUAGGUCCUGGAAGACCCAGACAACUAAAAAGGCAUGGCCAAACAAAGACAACUGAAAGAUCAAGGUAUUCUGGAAGAUUUAGCAGACCCGGUCAGUUCUCUUCCAAGUCACUUAAUAAUAUGUCAGCAGAGCACCACAAUAUAUUUAGAAGGAAAGCUAGACUAAAAGAGCGGAUUCAGCAAUGUGCCAAUGAAGACUUCAUGGAGCUGGCUGUUCCACGCUUUACAACACUUGUUACUGUAUUUGAAUUCCUACUGAUGAAGGUAGAACAAAAUUACCCAGGAAAAGCACUGUUUCCGGAGGUAUACCGGGAAUUUGAAGAGCUGCAUGCUGUAAUAAAGAGAAUGUGCCAAGACUAUUUCAGUAAUCCUGAAUUAAAUGACUCCCUGGAAAUAAAAAAUCCCAAGGUGGCUGAAUCACUAGGAAUUACAAGCAGCUGUCUUGAAGCGCAAAAGAUUCAAGCAAUAGACUCUUCACCUGUGUGUAUUAAAACUAUCAAUGAGCAUGUAUUUACAGAGAUUUGGGGACAGAAACGAGCAACUGAGAGUUCUGAUGAAAUGUUGCCAUUUGCAAAAAAGAUCAGAGCAGAAAAUCUGUUGGAGAAUGUGAAUAUCAAUUCAGAUAAUAGUGAAAUAAAGGAAAGAUGUCCUACAUAUGAAGGUGGUGGUGUUGUUCCAGAACAGAACUGUGUGGGGAACAUUUUCUCUGGAAAUACAUUACAGCAAAAGGAACACCAUGAAUCACUUGAAGUGGAAGUUUCAAAUGAGAGAGCAGAUAUGGUUUUACACAAUCAGUUCAUGCAAGUGAAGCUUGAGACCUUGCAACUUUCAAGUAUAUCAAAGUUGAAUUGUUCAGCCAGCUUACCCUCAUGGGGUGAAAGACUGCCACUUGUCAGUGCAGAAAGUUCACAAGAAAAGCUGGUAUCAGCAAACUCAACUUGUAACGCAGCAAGCAACCUAAGUGUGCCUGAGUUUUGUAAUUCCAUAGCAUCUGAAACAUCUAAUCAGAAUCCUGCCUUGUCAAUGCAUGAAGAAAACACUCAUGAUGAAAAAUGUCAAGAACCUUUGGAGGAGGAAGUGAGGACUUCUCUAUUAACAUAGUAUGAACAUCCUAAGAACUUUGAUUAGGUAAACAAAAUCUUCCCAAAUUAGUAACAUGGCAGUAGCUCAUCCAUUUGGGUGUCAAGGAGAGGGUUUUUCCUGUACAAGCUUAGAAAACUCAUUAACAAUUCAUUUAAAAAAGGACUGAACUAGGUUAGAAACUGGAGAAAUAGUGGGAAAAUGAGAUUAUAGAUGAGCCACAAACUUCUCUACAGACAUGAAACCAUUCAGGUUUUGCCUCAUUCUUGUGCUGCUGUCUUUCUCAACCUUUGCUGUAACACAAAUUGAUACUACUAUGCACAGUCACCUUCAAGUUCUUUGGAAAUUAUGGAAGCACUUUUAACAGUGUUGCACACACUGAUGAAAACAAAAAUGAAGCCAUUAUAAAAACAGUUGUAGAGGCAUUUUAAAGAUUUCUUGAAUUUGUAUUUUCCAUAUCAAAUCUUAAUUUACUAAUUUAUUAUUAAUUUAGGUUUGUACACAUUACAACCAACAAUUCCGAAGAUUAGAUGGAAUUACUUUCCCAGUUUGUGGUUAACUGCACUGUUUAACCAAGCUGAUUUAUCUUUUAGUAGAAUUUAUUAGGCAAAGUUGCAUUGCUUUUUAACUAGACUGUAAGACGGAGAGCUACCUAAUUAGUAAGAAAAGUAAACAUUUUAUGAAAUUUAAGUCUGUGGAAGCCUUCAAUUUUAAAAACUAAAUGUUGAAAAUAAAAAUAUAAUUGAUGGUUCAUCUAGUUCAGAUUCAAGGUGCAAUGUAUGCAGUCCUUGACAUCUUGGUCUGUCUUGGUUAAUGCUUUGAACAUAGCACCUGCUCAAAGGUGGUAAGUAUAAACAGAGAUGUAGCUGUAUUGCAGUCGGUUAUGAGGUGAAGGACUUUUUAAUUUGCUAAAGUACUUUAGAGGGUUUGUGUCAAUUCACAACAAAUCUGGUAAAUAGGUCACUUUCAUAUUUAAAUAUUUUAUGGCCCUCUGGCAGCAAUGGACUGCCCUGACUCAGAGAGUAAUCCAACCUCCCUGGUCUACAGAGUAGUAGACUUUAGUGUGGCUGUGCAAAAGAUGUAGAUUUCCCAGAGUAGAUGCAAUUUUUGAAAGAUAUAUGGCUCUGGCCACAACCUGAGCAGAAAUAGUAACAUGAAGCUUUUGCCCAGUGUUGUAUUCCCCCCCCCCCGGGUAGAAUUGCCUACUAGCUUUUGGUACCUUUUGGUUUGGCAGUUGGGAUGCUGAAAAUAGCAGGAAGCAGGUUUCUUUCAUGUUUGUUGCUAUAUGUAAGACCUAGUCACUACUGCUUCGUUUUUGUAACAGUUUCUGAAAUCCAUUAGUUGCUUUAUGUGCUGUCAUGCAGAGGAUGUGGACUAGCAACAGAAAUAGGGGAGGGGCCUAUCACCAGGGUAGAGCCAGACAUUAAUAUUAGAGAACGUGCUCCCCUUAUUCAUGAUCUAGCUUUUGUCAUCGCAUUCAGAGAGAUCUAGCUACAGCUGUCCUAAGAUGAUAUGUUGUUCAUAUGUUGUUGUUCAAAUCUCAGGCUGUAGAACAGGGAUUUUCACUGAAUAUGGAAAUAUUGUGAAAGCAGAUCUUUAAAGAUACUGAGUCUUUGUUUUGGAAUUGUUUUUGUUCUGCAUUAAUGUAAGCCCCUAUGCAGCCUGCUAGCCCCAAAGGCAUGGUAGACAGACAAAAAAACACCAAAGUUGUAUUUUAUUAAAAAGCUAGAACUAAAUACAAUACAAAAAUUAAAUUAAUAAAAUACUGUUUAAACCAUGUAUUAACAAUAGUUCAAGACUUAAUGUUAAUACAACUCUAAGGUGAUCUUAACAUAACUAUGAAGGUUAGACCAGCCUGUGUCCUGUUUCCAAGAGCAUACUUUCUAGCAGUACUUUGUUGGUGUUCUCUAUGUAGGGCUGGUAUAACCAUGACGACAAGUAGACCAUCAGGAGAUCUUGGUCAGCAGUAUGAGCAAUCUCUUGCACAAUGGUUUGCUUGAGUUUUAGUUCCUUUGAGUACAUGUCUAAGAGCUUCACAGAAACUUCAU